AUGUGCAGAAAUGAUUUUUGGUGGAAUGAUGGAUAUUUAGGAGGGAUGGCAUGACUGGACCUUUGACCUAAGCAACAGGAUCGAAUCGUUUGUUCUUCUCGAGAGGUUUUAUCAGCAGCCAUGGCUACCUUGGGGCAGAUCAUCUUCUACAGCAUGAUUGUCCUCAUCGUCCUAUUCACAGGCCUCAUCAUCCUCAUCUUGUCUUUGGCCUUCUCAGGGUCCACAACCGAGGUGACGAGCAGCAACCGAUCACCUGUUGGCAACCUUGGUGAGGAUGAGCUUCUCAGCUGCUAUCUUCUAACACAAAGAACCGGCAUCAGCCAGGUGUCAGUCACCUGGCAGAAGACGGGCAUGACGGGACUGGUUUACCAGUAUACAAACGGAGCUCCGAAUCUCAGGGAGCAGAACUCACAGUUCAAAGGGAGAACUAAUCUUAUUCUUGAUGAUGUAGUCAGAGGGAACGUCUCUCUGCUGCUGAGGAGUGUGAGGAGCAGUGACGAAGGGGAGUACACCUGCAGCGUUGGCUCCUCUGUAGGCGGAGGAACCAUCAGCAUUAGUCUUAGAACAGGAGCCUUUUCAGACCCCACAUUUUCAAUCUCAAAUGGCUUCGUGGUUGCUGAGGCAAGCAGGUGGUACCCUGAGCCAAACGUGACAUGGUUUGACCGUUUUGGAAACGACCUGCAGGGAAACACAAGCCUCACACAAAGCUCUAUGGGGAUAUACAGUUUAGUCAGCACACUGAUGAUAACCGAUGGCACUUACACCUGCAGCAUUGAGAAUAGCCUGGUGAUCAUCGUCUCUAAGGCAACUAUAACAGGCUCUAACGUUUUGUGGACCACAUACUUCACCUACAGCACUGCAUCGUCCCUGCUGGCAUCGACUUACCUGAGCAUCAUGACCAGUGUCCUCUGCACCUUUUAUCUGUCCUAAUCACACACACACAAUUCACACACACCUAGUGGUGCUGUAUCCAGAUGGGCUCUGUCCUUGCCUCUGCUGCUGUGAGCUAUCAGUGUUCCCUAUUGCUCACAGUGGAACUGCAGUCAGCUCACACUCACACUCACACACACACACACACACACACACACACACACUCCACCUGGCUGUAAAUCUCCUCUGGUGUGUGUGUUGGAUUCAUGCAGUGGCAGGACUUUUCAGAAUUUGACAGAAGUAAUGUGUCAAGAACAUUAUUUCUGAAGAUUCUUUGGUUUUUAAUUUAUUACAGUGGGUGUCAUUGCCG